GUCUAAAAAUCUAUAGAGAAUUCAGUACUCACCGAAUAAAAUAAUAAUCACAAUAACAAGAAGAAGAAUUUAUAACAUUCUUGAUUGAUAUCGUAGACUAAAGUGAUCAUCACAUCUGCAUGAGAGGCGCCUAGUAUGCAGCAUCCAAGUCCCAGGUCUCGUCAUCUUCCUUCGAAUCCGUGUAAACGCGCAUUUCACCUCAUGUGUGCGCAUCAGUUCCGCUUCUGACUAUACAGCGCGUUGCUCACCUUAAAGGACUGAUGCACCUGCUACUGUAAACAUCCUUCAUCCGUGGAGGUACACGUCGCCAUAUGAGCCCAAGUAAAAACGAAUGUUAAAAUAACGGCAUAACACCAGCAGUAUUUCUCGAUAUUGCUUCUUUGGUUGCUGAGUACCUUUAUCAUUUAUAUGGACGAGUAUUUAUUGACUGAUGCUGACGUCAAUAUUAUUUCGAAUUUAUAUUCUUUGUCUUACUUUUUAUAGCUACCUACAGCUAUUUCUAUUUGAGCAUUUCAUAUCUUUCCUUGUUCUGCUUUUACACAUUUAAAACAGGGUAAAAAUCUGUUAUAUUUGUGGGUCGUUGUAUGAAUGACAGUGAGCUUUGUCUUCCAUUGAAAUCCAUUUCCCGGGGUAGGUGAUACCAAGCCCUCAUGGGCAGUGUUCUGGCCGUGUCUUCCGCUCCGGGCCAUCAGAACUGGCCCUUCUCCACAGACCCAGCACCGUCUCGCUGGGACAAUCAUCCUGCUCACUGGGACAGUCCACCGCGCUGGGAGAGGAGAGAUGGACGUCUCCCUAACCCCGGCAGCUUUCACUCCCUUCAUAGGAGCUGCAAAGAUGUGUUUCCUCAACAAAUUGAAGGAGUCAAGAUGAUUGUGAAUAAAACCCUCAGCAGCUUCUUCAAGGUCAGUCAUGCUCUUCACCUCAGUGCUGUUAACCCUUCCUACUACCGAUUCCAUGUGGAGCAUCUGCAGUCUGAUGAUUACAGCAAGGACAAGGAUGCUCCCGCGUUGAUCGGCGAAAUGGAUUCUUCAGGGAGUCUGAAUGCUCAUGCUUUGUUGCACCUCACGGAGAGAGUACGGGCCAGAACCGUGUUCCAGACGCAGCAGUCUCAGUUUGUAACGUGGCAGUUUGAAACCGAAUACAGAGGAAACGACUUCACUGCGGCUGUGACCGUCGCUAACCCAGACAUCCUGAGAGAGUCAGUCAUUCUUGUGGCACACUUCCUGCAAAGUGUCUCUUCCGGUCUGGUGUUGGGUGGAGAGCUGGUCUACCACAGAGGAAGGGCAGAGGAGGGCGGAAUCCUCACCUUGGCUGGACAGUACACCAGACCCAACUGGACAGCGACGCUGAACGCUGGGAAAGGAGGUGCACAUGCCAGCUACUAUCACAGAGCUAACAAACAGAUCCAAGUAGGGGUUGAGUUCGAAGCCAGCACUAGGACGCAGGAAACAACCACUUCACUUGGCUACCAGAUGGAGCUCCCAGAAGCUAAUAUGGUCUUCAGAGGAAUGGUAAACAGCCGAUGUAUAAUAGGAGGAGUACUGGAGAAGCGACUGACUCCACUUCCUGCCACCCUCAUCAUGGGCGCUUUUGUAAACCACCGUGGUGACAAACUGCAAGUGGGUCUGGGUGUCAACGUGGGCUAGUCCUCCACCGUCUCUGCCGAGGCGUCGCCAGAAACACCAAAUUCCGCCCAGAGAUGCACAGUACUGAUGAAACCAUGACUGGGAUAUUUGUUGUGACUGUUUGGGUCUUGAACACCAAACUGUUUACAGCAGUCUACCUCUUCACAUUGAGGUGAUUUUUUUUAAAAGGUUAUAACAAUUGAAUGCAUAUUGCCUUCUGGAAAAAUAUUACUGCAUAAACCUUUUUUAUAAAUAUAAAUAAAACCUUAUCAUAAAUAUAUUAUAACAUUUUAUUUGAGCACAAAUGCUUUGCUUC